UCGAUUGAUAUAUUUAUUUACUUAGUCUUUGUCUUUGUGUAGUCGUUUAAUAAAUUUAUUUAUUUUAAAAUUGAUAAGUUUUAAGUUACAAGUAACGAGUAAAAAGUGAUAUUAAUUUAUGAUAUAAGAUUUGACAAAUAACUUGAAGGUAUUUUUGAAUUUGAAAAUUAAAUUUGCGCACACAAGUUAACCUUGGAAACUAAAAUAAAUAUGAGUUAAUAGUGUUAUGAUAAUGAGUAGUGAAAUAAUUAAAAUUUAAAUAAAAAAAAGCGGUGUUUUAUUUUUAAGUUUUUAAAUAAAAUAAUGAGUGAAGGUUGUCCUAAUUGUGGACAAUUAACGAAUGCUUCUUGUUCACGUUUAAUUGAAGAUACUUGUGGUCAUAAGAAAUGUCGGAUUUGUUUAUUGUAUGAAGAACAAGGUUGUAAAAUUUGCGAGAAAGAGCAAUUGGUUCCGUCAAUUAUUGAUUGUCAAUAUGAUGAAAAAAUAUGUAAAAGUCCGUCGAUUAUUUUGGAUAUUUCAAAUUCAAAUUCCACAAAAUUAAUAAAACGUCACAAUAAUAAUGAAGAUGGUGAUCAGUGUGAUAAAUAUACAGACCUUAAUAUCAAUAUAUCAUCUGCAAGUGUUAAUGCGCAAGAAGAAAAGAUAUUAAAUACUGAAGGUAAAAAACUAAAUAAUUUAAAGUCAGAUUUACUGGACAGUGAAAAAAAUUCCGAUGUAUUAAUCGGGGAUGAUAAUUUUCUCAACUCCGAUAAAGCCACAGUCGGGGAAACAAAAUCCAUUGUCGAUAAAAAUAAGAAAGUAAAGCAAAAAAAAUUAGACCGUAGUCAUAUAAUAGUAAUACCUGGUAAUCCCGAGCAGUACAAAUGCAACAUCUGCAACAAAAUAUUCCGUAACAAAAAGGGUAAAUGUUAUCACGAUGUCUGCAUAACUGGAAUACGUCCUUACAAAUGUAAAAUUUGCGAUCGUACCUUUGUUAAAAAGUCACACUACGAGUACCAUGAGCGGGUUCACACGGGAUACAAACCGUUCAAGUGCAGCCUCUGCGACAAAGCAUUUCCACAGAAAAAUAAAUUGAAUAGACAUAUGCUCACCCACAGUACAGAGAAACAAUUUGUCUGCACAAAAUGCGACAAGAGGUACAGCAAAAAAGACAAUUUGAAAAUUCACAUGAUGGUCCACAGCGGAACGCUUCCAUACUCAUGCGACUCCUGCGGUAAAUCUUUUAGAUUACGCGCUAAUUUAAACCGUCAUAUAUUUAUCCACUCCAGCGAACGACCAUACAAGUGUGAAUUUUGUGAAAAAAGUUUCAAAGAUAAAUCUCUUUUGUCUAGACACAGACGCACGCAUUCAAAAGAAAGACCUUACUCUUGCGCCCAUUGCUCUAGAGUUUUUUUAUCUAAGAGUGAAUUGCGCAGACACUUGACCAUUCACACUGAUGUCAAACCUUUUAAUUGUAAUAUUUGUAAUACCGUUUUCCGACGUAAAGAUAAUUUGAACCGUCAUGUCCGUCAUCAUCAUUCUGAAGACGCUUCGACUCCCGUCGCGACAGCUGCGGUUUCACCCAAAGAAAAAAUUAAAGUUAAAAAGAAAGUUAAUAAAAGCCGAGAGAAGGGUAAAAGUAAAAGUGUAUUGAAGAAUAAAGAAGACGAGCGUAAUGAAAUAAUAAAUAAUAUAAACACUGUGCAGAAUAUAAUAUCAAGAUGUGACGCUCGAGGUAACAUUUACCCGGUCAUUAGAGCUACCGGGGAAUUAAGUAAUGCGGUGUCUGUAAUUAACGGCCCGAUAAGUAAAUUAAGGGCAGAGGACAAGGGUAAAAUUGUUGGGGAAAAGAAGAAAGUUUUGACUUACACGGAGCCUAUUUCCUCUGCAGAGGCGAUUGUUAUUAAUCAGAGGAUUGAAGAAAAAUUGUACAGCAUAAAUCAAAGCCCGGGAACUUGUUACUAUCGUGAUUGUAAUUCUAGUCGUAUUAAUGACGCGUCACAUGUUGGAAUGGGCAUGGGCUUGGGUAUGUCGGUCUUGCCUCCAUUGAGACAUAAUUCACCGAUACGCGCGGUCCCGAGGUACGAAAAGCGGCUGGAUGGUAAUUUUUCACCGCCAAAGAGUACAAGCUUUAUUGAAUUGAAAAGUACAACCGAUUGUAAGACUAAGGGCAAGAGUGAGUGUCAUCCCGGUGAAAGGAAGAGUAAUAUUAAUGAUAGAGAAGGAGUUUUUGAGGAUGGUUUUGCUGAGAGGGCCAAUUGCGUGUCGACUAUUCAGAAAAAUGUUGGGGUUGGAGUUGAAGUUGAAGGUAAUAAAGAACCCAAGGGGUUUGAAACUCACUGGAGACGCAGGACUUUGGAAAAUUUAAAGCCGCAUAUUGACUUGAACUAGACUAGAUAUUUAUUUUAAAAACAUUUUUUAAAAUUUUUUUUAUCGAUUAAUUAAUCGGUAUUUUUAUUAAAAUUGUUUUUAAUGGAAUUGAGGAAGUUCGAGCGAAAUUAGUGAGUCAUAGGUAUCUGAAUUCUUUUUAAAUUUUCUUGAAAGUUACAAAAAUUCAUUAUUUUAAUUUAUAACAAUUAAUUUAUAAAUCAAUAAUUAUUAAUUCGUUAAUGAAGGAAAGUAAUGAAAUAAAUUUGAUAUUUUUGACAUGGUUUUAUAAAAACAUGAGACGAUAGCGCGUUCUAACUUCUCUGAUAUCGAUAUUUGAAUUAAAAGGAAUAGUAUAUUAUAUAUAUUCAGGGAGGAAAGUAGAACCUUCCAACCCGCGUCUCUGAGCUGUCGUCCAUUUUUGAUUUUGCUUAAAUAAUCCGAGUGUCACAGCUCGGAAAGUAGAAAAUUCAUCAGGGACUGAACAAGCGGAUAAUAGUUUGUUGGGAACCCGAAAGAUAAUAAGUGAAGGAAGCCCUUUACAUAGGGUAUGGGAAAAAAUUGCGUCUCACCACUUAUCUCGACGCAACCUGAUCACCAGUCUAAGGAACUGGUACCACGAGAUGCUUUUCCAAGCCCACCGACCAGAGUCUCUUUAUUUCCUGAGAAUCUGAGAUGGUGGUAGUGUUUGGUCCACAGAGGUGGUGGCUGUUACAUACCCUGCGCAAUGAGAAUUUUUGAUUAUACCUCCAGUUAAUGUCCACCUUAGUCCUCACUCCCGUAAAAAGGAGAUGGACUUUGGUCUCGUUACAUUAAUUAAUUUGAACCCGCGUGUAUAAUUACCUACCCGAUCCAAAGGUGAGUCCUACCUUUCUCCGUGGUGUGUAUACUAUUUUUCACCAGAUCUAAUCAAAAAGUUUAAAUUUUGGUCUCUGUUUGAGAGAAGAAUGGCGCAUGCGCUAGUUUUUAUUAUCUGUUUUCUCGUAGAAGAUAAGAACGACUUUCUUCCCUCUAAUCGGGGCAGGAAUUUAAAUUUUCGGCGCAGGUAUGGUAAAAUAUUUUAUAUACACCAUGGAGGAAGGUAGGAAACCCCAACCCUUUCCUCCCUAAGUGUGUAAUAUACUAUUUCAUCAUAUGAGCGCCAAAAGUUUAAAUUCCUGAUCUGAUAAAAGGGAAUAAAGUUGCUCUUUCCUUUUAUGAGAAAACAAAUGAUAAAAAUUUGCGCAUGUGCCAUUUUUCAAAAAAAAACAGAGGCAAGAAUUUAAAUUUUCAGGUUAGAUCUGGUGUAAAACAGUAUACACACCACGGAGAAAGGUAGGACUCGCCUUCGGCUUAGGUAGGCAAUUACACACGUGGGUUGGAAUGCCCUACUUUCCUCCCUAGGUGUGUAAUAUACUAUUUAAAUUAGAUUUGCUCGAACUUCCUUAAGAUUUUUAAAAAUCAAAAUUUUAAAAUAAAUUUAUUAUUUGAGAAUUAAAUUAAAAUAUUUUAAAUAAAAUUUGUGAUAAAAUAAAAUUAUUUUAAAUGAUUUUAUGGUAAAUAAAUUGUGAGGUUAGAUUUUAUUCAAAAUCAGAUAAAUUUAUAGAUUAAAUCGAAAUAAUAUUAUUAGAUUAUUUUUUUAUAAUCUAUUGAUAUUUUAAUUGUGAUAUAUUUAUUAUUAUUAUUAUUAUUUUUAUUGAUAUUAUUUUUUUAAGCGAUUGUUGGGAUUUUUAAAGAAUAGAGUAAAUUUAUUUUUAAAAUUUGUUGCAAUAUUUGAAUUUGGCGGAUAAAUAUAAAAAAUUUAAAGUGUAAAUUUAUGUAAAAAAAAAUUACUCAUUUUAAAAUUG